AACAUCACCUAAAGAGGGGACGAGAAAGGAGAACACAAGCUCGCUUUAUAUUCCUUUCUUUCCCUUUCACUCUCACUCUUCUCCUCUCUCUCUCUCUCUCUCUCUCUCUCUCUCUCUCUCUCUCUCUCUCUCUCUCUCUGCUGUGAAAGAAGCUCUUCUCUCUUUUCUCAGAGACGAAUUCAGAUAGGGUGAGAAAGACAUGUCGAGCUGCAUCGAUGUUGCUUCCGAGCAAGUUUGCUACAUCCCCUGUAACUUCUGCAACAUCAUUCUCGCGGUGAGCGUUCCAUGCAGCAGCUUGUUCGACAUCGUGACCGUUCGAUGCGGGCAUUGCACCAAUCUAUGGUCUGUGAACAUGGCAGCCGCUUUUCAGUCGCUGUCGCGGCAGGAGAUCCAGAACCCAAGCUUCAUUUCUCCAGAUUUCAGAAUAGACCUGGCCUCUUCUUCCAGAUGCAACAAGGCCACGAUGCGAUCCCCACCCUCGAUUAACGAAGAAAGUACGGUUAUCGUCAACCGACCCCCAGAGAAGAGGCAGCGAGUUCCUUCUGCCUACAAUCAAUUCAUCAAGGAAGAGAUUCAGAGGAUCAAGGCCAACAACCCUGAGAUCACCCACAGGGAAGCAUUCAGUACGGCAGCUAAGAAUUGGGCUCACUUCCCACACAUUCAUUUUGGGUUGAUGCUGGAGACCAACAAUCAACCUAAACUAGACGAGAGUUCUGAGAAGCAUCUGAUGACAAAGGCAGCAAUAUACAACAAAUGAUAAAAUUUCACCACUUGGGGUGACACUCAAUCAUAUCCAGAUCUUCCGUCGAAAGGAGUACAACGAGGCCUUAGUUCUUCCAUGUGCUCAUGUGUUGUCGAAGGAGGUGGAAAAAGAAAGGAGAUGAAAACUUUGGCUUGUCUUAAAUGUAUUGUUAUAAGUAGCACUGAAUUAUGUUCAUUAAUUGUAUUAAAGUUAGUAUCAUGUUGCUUCUACCAAGUUCAUUGCUGUUAAGAAUGAGAUGAUCCAAAUGAUUCUCAUCACUGGAUUUCAUGGGAAUGCCAUCAAUGCA